GUACAAAGAUUAUUUAAUUAAGCUCAACUUAUAGAGAUCGGAUCCCACAUAGUCCUCUCUCUCUCUCUCUCUCUCUCUCAGUCAGUAGCCAGGCGUGUUCCUCAGGAAAUAAACCCAUGAACUGAAUCAGAUCUUUGCAAGUCUCCGUGACACAAUAUCUUUGGACUAGUAAUGAAAGACAGCCAAAACAUGGGAGACAAGGUUGAAGGUGAGAAGAUGAGCCAAGGCACAGAAUGUCAACAAGCAGCAAGGCAACAAUCCAUUAAUGCUUCACCACCUUCAGCUUCUUCCUCUCCUUCCCAUGAAUUCUCCUUCACCAUCUCCUUGCACCAGCCGCCAACCCUACUCCCCGAAAAGGCCAAAUCCCAUCCGUCUUUCGCCGCCGUCGAUUUAUCUCCGGCCGACGACAUAUUCUUCCACGGCCACUUGCUUCCUCUCGGCCUCCUCUCCCAGUCCCACCCUCUCUUUCCUCGCUCCUCCACCAGUUCCCUCCCGGAAGGCCAAAAACCCUCCAAAAUUACAGAUCUCAACGUUGCUGAAACGAAGGAGAAACCCAAGGCCAAGUCGUUUUCAUUGUUCGGGCUCUCAAGCAGGCGAAAUGGGUUUGAAGUUAGCGAGAUUAAGGAAGAGAAUUCGAAGAAGAAGCAGAAGCUCAGGAAGCUUAGAUUCAACAUGAGCCAUGUGCUGAAGGGAUACAUCAGAUUAUUUAGGCCUUUAUGGUCCUUCAAGUUCAGAGUGAAGAAAGUGAACAUACAACUACGUAGAAAAACUUAUUCCUUUUCCGGUGGUUUGAGCCCGAGAGAGAAGGAAGAUCAGUUGAGAGGGAGGAGAUCCGCGCCGGCGUCGAUGAGGACGUCGCCUGGGAACAGCCGCACCCUUGUGCUUGCAACUGUCGGGGUUGGACCUGCUCCUUCUGCGUCAAGUGCUAGCACCAUGGAAGAGUUGCAGGCUGCAAUCCAAGCUGCGAUUGCUCAUUGCAAGAACUCCAUCGCAAUGGCCGAAGAGAAAAUCCAGAGGUCAUGAUUGGUUGCUCAGAAAUUUUUAUAGGAAAUUAAGUUGUAGCUAUGCGUUUUUCACGUAGGUGUAAUAAUUUUCUUGUGUAAGAAUAGUCUGUAAACGUUAGCUGCAUGGAAAUAAAUUUCAAAAUGGAUGCUUAAAGAAUCAUUGUUA